CUCUCUCUCUCUCUACUCCUUUCCUCUCCGCCUCCUUGCCCUCCUCCUCCUCCGCCCUCCCCAAUGGUUGCCGCUGCCACGGCGCAGCCUGCCCAUUCCGCCGCGAGCGCGUGACCUGCACCGGCCCAUGCCCAGACCCUACCACUGCCCCCACCCGGACCCCCGAUCCGGCACUCUGUGACGUGCCUCGGCGUCGAUGGCGGCGCGGCGGGAGCAGCAGCAGCGGCGGCGGGCGGAGGAGGAGGGGGAGGAGGAGGAGGCGGGGGCGGCUGCGCGGGAGGAUGCCGUGGAGCUGACCCCGAGGAGGACGCGGCUCCCGCGCGCGUGCAACAGCCGGCCGAAGGUGCUGCCCCCGCCCCCGCCGCGGCAGGAGCGGGCGAGGCCGGCGGUGAAGGAGGAGGGGGCGGAGGAGACGCCGAAAUGCCGCGUGGUGACGCCGCUAGUGGCGGAGCCCGAGGCCCCCGCGGAACUGCCGCGGUGGAGGCUGCGCGGCAUGUGGGAGCUCGCGUCCGUCAUCAACUUCCUCCACGUGUUCCGGCCGUUGCUGAACAUUGCAGUGGAGUUCACAGCGGAGGAGCUGGAGGAGGCGAUCCUAUGUCCCAAUAAUACGUUGGAUGACGUCCAUAUGCCUCUGCUGAAGUCGAUUCCUCCAAUAACUCGAAUGGCUAUGGGACGUGGAACAUGGGUAACAGUGUUAUGUAGGAAAUUGAAGUACUGGUGGAACUGGGUUGCAGAAGGUGAUCUUCCAAUUGUGGCCUCACAUGGAGCUGAAAUUGAAAUGUACAAGGCACUUGAGCCAGCAACACGAUUAGUGAUCCUGAAAGCGAUAUGUGAUAUACGUGUUGAGCAAGAGGAUAUUCGGAACUUCAUAGACAGGUCUUUAAAGCGCGGUUAUGAGCUUCCCGUGUUCCGUAAAGAACGUAUUGGAGGAGAUUCAUAUGGAAUCUCAUACUGGUAUGAUGAGGAUUCAAUCCUUGGACAUCGGUUGUAUCGUGAGAUUAGGCAAGUGGACUAUGGGAAGGAGCUGACCAAAAAAGCUAAAGGGAAGGGAAUCUCAAGUGUCCCAGUUGUAUCCUAUAAAUGGGAGACUGUCGCAUGCAACUUUGAUGAAUUUGAAGUAGCAGCAGAAAAACUCUUUUCAAGUAGGAACAGGACUGAGGUCUCACUUGGCAAGAAGUUGAAGAUCAAUUAUCUUCCAGAUCUUGAAAAGAUUCACAAGAAGAAAGAGAGGCUGCUCAAAAAGCAACAUAGAGAAGCACUCCUCCUUGACAACCGCUUGACAGUGGAUGGGUUCACCUCUGUCCGCUCUCGUCGUCAAAGAAAGCGUGUCACCUAUACUUUUGAUGAUUAUGAGCGUUCAAUAAAUGAAGCCAUAAAAUCAACAAAAAAAGGUGAGAACUCUUCUGAGCUCAUCACUACUUCUAACAGAAGAGUACAUCCAAAACGAGAUAUAGGGACCAAUGUUACUGGUCCUUCGCCAUUGUGCAAUGGAUUCUAUGGAGAAUAUCCACCAAGGUCUUAUGGCCACCAAGGAAGUGAUGGUGAAAUAAAAUCUGAGACUCUCGAUCGCAGGCAGAGGAAAAGAUCUCAAAGGUACACACAAGAUUUUGUUGAGGCUAUCUCGGACAUUGACCCAAACUUUGACAGUGAUGACGAUAUCAUGGGUGAAGCAAUCUAUGAUGAGGAAUAUCUUAGAAGUCGAAAGCAACAUAAGGCGAGACUUUUAGAAAAGGAUGAAGAAUUUCAAUUGGAGCAAGUAACCAAUGAUGAUAAUUAUGAAGUGGAAUAUCCUUCAAGUACCAGUGAAGAUGAAAAGGAGCCCCAACGGUACAAGAGAUUGGCUACUUGCAGUCCUCGAGAGACCAAGUUGAGAUCUUUUGAUGGAUUCCAAACAGGCAUCAAACGAAGUAAGCGUUCCACCCGCCCACAAAUUAAGUAUCAUCAGUAUGAUCUUUCUGGCACAGAUACAGAAUUGGGAAAGCCAGGUAAAAUAAAUGCAUCAGAUCCAAAUGCUGGUUGUGAUGCACCAAAUGAGAUGGAGCUCUCGACGACUAGUCAAGACCAGGAGGAAGAAGGGGCUGAAGUAAAUAAAGAGCGGCCAUCUCUGCUUGGUCCUAGCAGGGAUAAUGGAAGCGCUGAGAGAAGAUUCCUCGACCUAAACGAGGUUGCGCCUGUUGGCUGUUUUGAUGAAACACACACUCGCAACAGCGAAAGGCGACCACCUGGAUAGCAGCUGAGGAUCAUGUCCUGGAUUCAGAUCCUGCGUAACAUUGUUGACCUAUCAUAAGCCACUGAGCAUCCAUGAGAGGUUGAUGUUCAUGCAUCAACCUGAUUGCAGGUGCGUCCGGUCUGCCAACUUGGAAGAACCAGUGAAGAAACGAGGUGGUCCAUCAUGAGUGCAGCGGUAGGAUUCCUCUGCUGAUCCAGUCUGUUGAGUGGAGAUCAUGGUGAAAUGUGUGUGCUAGAUGUCUGGCUCGCAUCAACUGAUAGCGUUUGCUUGCCAGAUUACCAUUUUUUCUUCUUCUCGAGUCAUUGUUGUUUCACCCCCGGCUACAUAUGCUUGCGAAAUCGCGAGGCCUAAAUGAGUAACAAUUGUUGGUGUGGCUUGGCCGCUCGAGGA